GCAGAUGUGUGAACAUAGCAGCAAUGGAACGUUUGUGAUAUCGCAAUGUUACCUAAACGCGACAUCUCAGAGAUAUCAUGUCACAGAUAUGUGUUGGCUGGAUCGAUAUUAUUGUUAUUAUUUUAUUUUCGAUAUAUGACAUUUAGCAAUAGUCCUGAUAGUUGAUAGUAGUUUUUUAUUUUUGCCUUUCUUCUUCUUGUCCAAUCCAAUUCCAAUUGUCAUUAUUGUCAAGAUGGACAGGAAUGACAAGAUGUCACUCAAGGCUGAUGUCACUGAUCUGAUGUAUGUCAGCCUUGUCAAGUCAGUAGUAAGGAUGUCAGGAUUAUAUUUGUUUAUUUAUUUUGAAUGAGUUUUGAAUAAUGUAUAAUUUAAUUAUGUAGAAUAAUAAAUAUAAUUCAAAUCGAAGAAUAUUAAAAAGAAGUUGGUUUUUGUUAUUGAUUAAUUUAUCCGAAGAUCUUAUUAAUAAAUUGGUAAUGGUUAUACUACCAAAGAUCUAAAUACUUUGGCUCUGGAAAAAAAGAAUUCCAAAAAUGUUGAAGGGAGUCCUGAAGAAAAAGUGGAAUCAACGUCUUUUAGCCACUACUGCCAAAAAUAUAGACAACCUAGAAAUUGAACAAUUUCAAAAAUUCACUUCAGAAUGGUGGGAUGAAUUUGGACCUCUGAAACCUUUGCAUUCAAUGAAUAAAUUGAGAGUACCCUUUUUCAGAGAUGCAAUUAUGAAUACAAGGACAGACAGCCUGGAAAGAGUCAAAAGGCCUCUACCACUUGCUGGAAUUUCCAUCCUGGAUGUAGGAUGUGGAGGUGGUAUUCUAUCAGAACCAUUAGCUAGACUUGGCAGCAAUGUCACUGGCAUAGAUGCCAAUCCAGAAAUAAUUAAUUUAGCAAAGAAACACAAUGAAGAACAUUUCUUGAACAUAACUUAUCAAACAACCUCUGUUGAGGAACAUGCUUCCGAAAAUGCUGAUAAAUAUGAUGCCAUAGUUGCAUCAGAAAUCAUAGAGCAUGUUUCUAACAAGAAUGAGUUUCUAGAGGCUUGUUUGAGAUGCCUGAAACCAAAAGGCUCAAUAUUCAUAACAACCAUAAACAGAACAAGAUUGUCCAAAUUUGCAGGAAUAUUUAUGGCAGAGAAUAUUUUGAGGUUGGUUCCUAAAGGAACCCAUCAGUAUGAGAAAUUUAUUGAACCACACAAGGUACAACUAAUUUUAGAGAAUGGUAAUUGUAGGACUGAAGUUAUACAUGGUAUGGUGUAUAAUUUUAUUACAAACACAUGGCACUGGAGCUCUGAUACGUCAAUUAAUUAUGCCCUGCAUGCAGUAAAAUUGAAUGUUUAGGAAUAAACAGUUUCUCAUUAAUAAACUGAAAUAUUAUUUUGUUGAAAUUCCUGAUAUAUUUUUUUGAA